AGGCGAAUGACGCACGAUCAUCUCCCCCCUGCCUGCUGAUUGGCUGCACGGGCCGCCCUUCAGAGAGCCCAGGUUUAGGGAUGUGCGUUCAGAGCAGAUUAUGAAGCAAACCUCAUCUCUGGCAGUCUCGUUAGAUUAUCUCAAUGGCUAAACACAAUGUUUUGUUGUUUUUUUCUCUGUUACUGUGUGUGUUUAUCUCUCUGUCUUUGCCCUUCGAUCAAGUGCCUGCGAUCCUGGACAGGAGCUCUGAGGUCCCACCAUAUCAAGCUGUGAGAAUUAGAACAGAUGGAGAACAUUUUGAGAGUCCAAGUGCCUCACACGAGGAGAGUUAUUCGCCUGCAGCUGAAAAUCCACUCAGAAGAAUACUGCAGCCUUUUGGAUGGCAUCUGCAUGCCCAGCCCAGAACCAAACGGAAGUUACUACAGUCCACCAGCUCGGGACCCUAUUCCCCACUGACUGUAGCUUACAACGGCAAGAUAUGCAUCCUUUUCAAAGCCAAGAGACUGGCUAUUCGAUACAGAAACAACACUUUCCUGGACCUCACAGAGAGGGUAUUUGGAUCCAAUGCACAAGUAGACACCAAAGGCUCUGUUUGUACAAAGGAGAAGGCCACGCUAUCUUUGCAUUUGGGUGAUGUGGAAGACAUCAGGGGACUUGUCAUUAGGCUUCAGAUGUCCAACACAUAUUAUGAAUCAGUAAGCCAGAACUGGUUCACUCUGGACAGUGUUCACAUCCAUUACAACUGGACUCAUGAGGCCACAUUCAAUGCUACGGAGGUCUAUGCCCCUGCCACCUAUUCUUACCACUGCCAGCAUGUCAGCAGCUUACAGAAAUAUGACACCCUACUGGUGCCCAGCUCCCACACUGACAGCUCGGCAAACUGGCACAUCACUUUCACAGAUUUUCAGAUCCAGGCCUUUAAUGUCCAGUCCACCAAGUUUGCUUCAGCAAGCGACUGUGCAACCUUCUUCACUCCAGCAAUCUUGAUGGGCCUGAUCACCUCUCUGAUUCUGCUGCUGGUGUUGGCCUACGCCCUGCACAUGGUCGUCCACCUCAAGCACAUUGACCGUUAUGAAGAGCACAAGACCACCGUCUACUUCCCCCGCACCCCCGAUGCCGAGCUCCCAGACAAGAACAGUGUGUGAGGAGCGAUGACAGUGCUGUAAAACCAGCAAAAGACCAGCGUGGAAAGGAUUGCUAGUUCUGAUUCUGGAUGGCUGCGUUGUCCUCUUGGUCUUCCUCCUGCCUGGCACUAAAUCCUCUCCUUAUCAUUGUCUUAACCUAGCUUCUUACAGUCAGAGGAUGAUAUUACCUGAUCAAUCAGGUGUUAAAACCCAGGCUGGAG